AUGAAUAUUGGAGCAUGGCCUAUAGAAAAAGAAGAAUUAACUAAUUCUCAUGUACAAUGUCGAGAAACAACAUCAACAGAUAAUAAUCAACUUUUUUGGACAAAACUUUUUCUACAAACAAGUUCAUAUGAUGAAAAACGUUAUCGUCAAAUUGCUUCGAAUGCAUGUGAACGAAUUGUUCAAGAACAAUCAAAAAAGUCUUCAUCAAAAUCAACUUCUCAUCGUUCAUCCAGUAUCAUAGCUGUAAGUUUAAGUGAAACAAAUACUAGACAAAAUAGUUCAAAUAAUCAUUCAACAUCAAAAACAAUGACUAGAUCAAUUAAUUCAAGAAAAAAAUCAUCUUAUACAAGAUUUUCAUGUUAUUUAAAAUCUCAUAAUACAAAUAAUCAUUCAAGACAAAUUAAGAAAAAAUUCUCAACAAUAAUUUUACCAAAAAAUAAUAAUUAUUAUCAUGAUAAAACUAAAUGUUUAUCAUCAAGAAAAAAAUUUCUUGAAUUAAAUAAUGAAUAUCAUGAAAAACUUUGUCAAAAAUGUUUAAAAUUAAUUCAAACUAAUUCAUCACAUAUAUCAUCAAAUUUGUUUUGUCAAUCAUGUUUUCAUUUAAUUCAAAAUUUAAAUCAUAAUAAUAAUAAUAAUAUAAUAUCAAUAAAAAGAUUUUCUUUAAAUAAAAAUGAAGAAAAUGAAUUACGUCAAAUAAUUGAAAUUAUUAUUGAAGAAUUUCAAGAUCAUUUUGGUCAUGCAUUAAAUUUAUCUAUUAAACAAAUGACUCAACAUUUACUUUCAAAUAUAAAUCUUUUUUAUAAUCAUUAUCAACAAGAAUUUGAACAAUUAACAAAAAAAUAUCGUUUUGAAUUUCUUGAACGUUUUAUAAAAUUAAUGAAUAAAUAUCGAAAUUAUCAAACAAAAACAAAUAAUAUUAUUCAAAAAACUAAACUAUCAAUGUCUGAUCGAAAUUCAAUUACACAUCCACCUGAUAUAUUAUCAAUGUCAUCACUUAGUGGUUCAUUAGCUACAGAAAAAGAUCGAUGUGAAACUAUUGGACAUAUAAUGACACCAUCAAAUUCAAUAUCAUUAUCAACAACAUCAAAUCGUUCGACUUCUAUUGAUGAAAAAAACACUUUAAAUAAUGAUCGAAAAAAUUUUUCAAUUCAAAAUAGUUCAUCUAAAAAAACAUUUACUUUAAAUAGAACUAGACAAAGACAAUCAUUAAGUAAAUCAAAUAAACAAACGUCUUCAUCUCGCCAAUUAAUUGAUGCAUAUCGUUUUCGUGAUACAUUACGAAUGAACAAUAAUCAUUUUUCUUCUCCACGUCCAAAAAUUCGAUGA